AUGUUCUUUGCUCAGCAAUGCUUCAGCUACCUUGGCACUAGAACAUCACUACUGAAGAUUACUUACCCUUUGAGAUACUUCAAGGUUUCAUCCUCUCCUGUAUGUAUUCCAUAUCUUCAUAGCUUAUGUGAUUGUAUGUGCCUAUUGUUAUAUUUAUGAUUCACUUAUGUCCACGAUCCUGAAUUUGGAGAUCUGGUUUUGUUUAAUGUCUUUGUUUUGCUCUCCAACGUUGCCAGACACUUGUAAACCAAUUCACCUUUUGCAGUGAGCAAGUUUGUGCAAGACAGUAUUUUCUUCUGCUUUCUUCUAUUCUUAUUGCAGAAGGUAUCAAUUGGAACACUGUUAGUAUUGACCAUAAGUUAAAAUAAUGACAAUUUAAGUAGUAGACCAGUAUGGCUAUAUAGUUGUGUCAUUCUCUAAGGUGCUGCAAGACUCUUGGUUGAUUUAACUCUGAGAGAUAUGUUUAAAGUUGGUAAAGGCAGCUUUUUUCUUCCUUUUGUUACCAGCUUAAAGGCAGCUUUUUUCUUCCUUUUGUUAACAGUAAGCUGUUACCACCUGUAACAGCUUAAGCUACAUCCUCUAUCUUUUUUAUUUAUUACAUAGAAUAUGGAGUCACUUUGUUGGCUUGGAUGUUAAAAAAAUAUCCUUGCCUUCUAGACAUUCAUGAAGCAGUUCAAGAUUUGGAUUGAAAAAUAGUGUUCUGGAGUAUACGUAUACUGUAUAGCCAGCACGGUAGAAUGAAGGUCACCCAAACAGUGCUUCCUUUUAUCUAGACUGCUGUUAUGUCGCUUGGUGUGUGUCUUUACAUGUAUGUUCCAUUUGUCAAACAGCUUUGAUGUUACUUUGUGGAAUUUCUCACAAUGAUUUUUUUUUUUUAAAAAAACCUUUAAUACUAUGAUAUUGUCUGUUACACCCUUUAAAUAUGUUGCUGGUACUUGAGUUUUGUGUUGGACAACCUUAGCUUUUAAAAUAGUGGUUAAAAAAACUAGUUUUUAAUAGAUCCACAAAAAUUCUAGGAAAACAAAGGAAGGGGGUUAUUUUUUCUUUGGGAAAGUGGAAAAAUAGUUUUCCAGCUAUUGUUUGUUCAGGACAGACAGAGUGGCACAACCAGUGGGGUGUAUUCUGUACCUAGCAGAUUCUUUCCUCAUAUGAUGGAGAGAACAUAGAGCCAGGCUCAAUAAUAUUGUGAAGACAGAUCCUGUUGCCUACACACAGGUUUUUAUUAAUCUCUCUUAUGCACAUAGCCUAGCCUUUGCAAUUCUGCUCUGUCCAUUACUUUGACUUCACCACUGUCUUUGAAAAACAACAAGAUACAUAAAUCACAUUUCCUCUACCCCUUUGUUCUCAAGUAAGUGCUAAAAGAUUGUGCUCUGACAUACAUCUAUGAUAUACUCUGUCUUUCUUAUACUGGGUUUGAACAGAACUUAUAUUUAAUCUUAACCAUUCUAUUUAGUAUCCUUGCAUAGAUUGGCAUUUUGUCAAACAUGUAUUGUAAGAGAAUAUUGGUUAAUUGUUACAUUGAACUGUGUUUGCAGCGCCUGUCAGUUUCAUCAGCUUUAGAAUGAACUACAAGGAGAAAUGUCAUGGAUUACCAUAGUGUCCAACAAUACAAUACUUUGUAGUUCUAACAAGAAUUAUCCGUCUUUGAUUCUUGUAUGUAGACCAUGACCUUCAAGCACAAAAAUGCAAAACGAAUUGAAGGGCUGGAUAGCAAUGUGUGGUAAGUAAUUAUUAAUGAAAAUGAAUGAAUGAAUGAACAAAUGAAUAAUGGAAAUGUCUGUACUCCUUGUAGUUCAUUUGUAUGCUUUUCACCUACAUUGUCAGCUGACCAGGUGCAGGGCCAGGGUGGGGGGCAGGGAGAGAAACCUCUUGGUCAGUGAAGCCACUGGGAGUGGGCUCCAGGCUUUUGUGUGCUCCUCCCCUCUAUUCCCCUCUUCCCUACAAAUGAAUCUCUUUGUUCCUUUUAUGGUUAAAAGAUCUUGGAUGAAUCACAGUGAUAAUUACCGGUUGUGCAGCCUGUGAGUCUGCAGAACAACUUUGCUAGGACUACGAUGUUUAAAUAAUGGGGGCAGGGUCAAUUUUAGCUAACAGGCUGAGAUAAGGUAUUCUGGCUUUGUUUAUGAGGCUAUUUUGGUUCUAAUUUGCUACAUUUAUAAAGAAGGAAAAAUGAAAUAAUAAUCCUCUGUCAACUGCGGGGAGGGUCAAAUGUACUCUCAACAGCAUUGGGGGGAAAACUACAAAACCUGUUUUUAUUGGUCUUCCGUAACUCAGUGUUCUAGUUGGUCCUCAACCAAGAUGAUUUUUGAACUGCCCUUUGGUGCUUCAGAAGUGGUUAUGUCACAUCACGUGUUUCAGCUUACUAGAUGUUACUGGGAGUGGAGGAUGAGGCACAGAAGCCAUGUAACACUUAUGGCACGUAGUUCUAGCCUGAAAGCCUGACCUAGAACUAGACUGAUGGCAAUGAGGCCUCCAGGAUCUCUGAUUAACUAAUAUCUGAUUGAAUGCUCUCUGAGUGGUUUCCCACAGACACAUGUGUUCUAUACUGUGUUUUUUGAUUUACCAUGGAUCUGAAAUAUUCUUCCCUAUAAAUGUGUAUUAAAUACCUUUGUAAUAAUUUCUUCCUUUCUUAGGGUGGAAUUUACAAAAGUUGCUGCAGAUCCCUCAAUUGUUAAUCUGGGACAAGGACUUCCAGAUAUAUCUCCUCCUAACUAUGUUAAAGAAGCAUUAGCCAAAGCAUCCUCUUUGGAUAUGCUGAACCAGUACACCCGGGGUUUUGUGAGUACAUCUGAACGCUCUCUAAGAGGUUGCUUUAAAUCAGUUGCAUAUCCAAACAUUUUCUCAUGGUUUCCACAUGCGCCUUCUUCAUUUUGGAUUCUUGGGCUGAAUAGAAACACGAUAACCAUAAAUCUCCAAACAGUGGCCAAUGUAAAUAUGGUCCAAAGAGGACUAUACGUAGGGCCAGGAGAACUGACUAUGUAAAUGACUUCCCAAUGUAAUGUUAUUAUUAAUCUAUAUAGUACAUUUCAGUAUACAGGGAACUUUGUCUUUCUUGCACAUAAUGCUUAACCAUGGUUUGGCAUUAUGAAGAUGAGCCUCAAGGAGUAUUUCAAAAGAUUCGACUUCUGUUUUUGAUUAACUGCAGCUUCUUGUGAUGUUCAACCCACACACACUGUGGUUAAUCAUUCAUUGAAACAAGCCAGCUUCAAAUCAUGGGUUGUGAACUGGGCUUGUUUCAAUAGACUGUAGUUAAAAUGAAGCCGUUUGUCUGGACAUAAUGCUAAACUGCAGUUGACUUAAAGCUUCCAAUCUUCUCCUUGCAGCUGCAUGGAGAAGGGGGUGGGGAGGAGGAGGACAGGAGCCUGAGGCUUGCUUUGGUUCAUCCUUGUAACAUUAAACCAUGGUUUAUAUGCAAAUACAGCCAAUUCAUUUCUUGUUCUUCACCAUGGUGCAAUAUGAGCAUUCAUCAGAGGGUAGUUACUCCUUUUUCAGUGACCCAUGAAUGGCAGUAUAACUGUUUCUAGAAAUUUAUAUGUGUUACGAACAUUUUUGUUCCACAUUAUUUUUUCUUCAAAGGGUCACGGUCAUAGAUCCUUACUGAUAGUACACACAAUUCCCAGCUUGUGAUCUUGCACAAAGACUCCUAUUCAGUGGAAGGCUGGCUGUGCAGAAGAGAUUCCAUGUGAACUGUGCCUUAUAUUGUUUUUCUUGUUCAGCUCAGUAUAGUAGGUUCUCUCCUAGACAUAAUGACAGUUUCUAAUUGUUUAAAUCUUUAGAAUGGUAUUUCUAAUUGGGUAACUCUGUUUUGUGCAUCAGCCAUGCUAGAUUUGGCUAACAGACAAUACGGUAUUAUUUGUCGGUUGUUUGUUAUUAACUGGCAUAUGAGUCUAUGCAUUUUCUUUUGCAUUCAUAGGGACAUCCUUCGUUGGUGAAAGUCUUGUCCCAAGUGUAUGAAAAAGUUUGUGGAAGAAAGAUUGAUCCAUACACUGAUAUCCUGGUGACAAUAGGGGGAUAUGGAUCUCUGUUCAGUGCAGUGCAGGGACUCAUUGAAGUAGGAGAUGAAGUAAGUUUUGUGAUGCAUCCCAGAAUAAAAAUUCUCUUCUAUGAAAACAUAUAAGUUUACACACCCACCCACCCUUAGAACAUGGGUAGCAUUCCAUUAGUAAGUGAUCAAGCCUACUCAGAAAUCCCUUUCCUUGGCAGUUUGAUGAUUUAUUGAAGGGUAGAGAGCUGACUUUUGUUAGUUUUGGUUGAAUAAGAAAUAAACUUUGAAGCAGGGCUUUUUUUUUUUUACCUGUCAGAUUCAGAUUCCUAUGCCUUUAAGAGUAUGUUGAUGCACCUUAAUUUAGCAGAUGAAGGAUUUCUUGGCAUUGGGAUAAAGUUAUAGAAAAAGCCUCAGCUGUUUAACUAUUGUGCAUUAGGUUGCUGUUGAAGGCAGGAUAAAGGGACUAGUGUUGUUCUUUAAGUAACUGUAUGUCUGAGAUGAAUUGUUCAUCAAUUAUCAACCUGUUGCAAAUUAGCUUCCUUGGCUACUCCCCGGUACAGCUGAAAAAAAUCCUAGGUGCUUGUCCUUUCAGAUGCCUAGAACAUUGGUCCUGAACCCUUCAAAACUUAAAAUAUUUCCCAACUUCAAACCCUGGUUUUUUUUCUUGAUUUGUAUAAGUUUGUCAAUAGUGGGGAUCUAUAAGCACUUAGGGUAGGGUGGGUUUUAAAUCAAAUAGCCUGCCUCAUUUGGGGUAAAACUGGCAAUGAAGCGAUAGCUAGCUACCUUCUGAUGUUUUGUCUUUUCACUUUUGCUUUAUGUGUCUCCCUCAUCCCUUCAGUUCUGCUGCCAUUAUUAUAAAUCUCCACUUAUUUCCUAUUAUCCCUAGCACACAAAAGCAGCCACUGUGAAGUAGCAGUGGCUGUGGCAUUUACAGAUAUACUUAAGAGUUUUAGCUUUUAAUCUAAAAUACUACCCCGUGUUUGUUGACAAGAAGUACUUUUAAUGCAAUGUGCUUUCCUAAAUAUAUAGAAUUAGCAUUGUACCAGAUCAAAAGCGGGUUCUGUCUUUGAAGAAAGGUAUAAUAUCAUUUCUUAUUCACAUAACUUUCCUAUAUGUUUACUUUAGGUGAUAAUAAUAGAACCCUUCUUUGACUGUUAUGAGCCAAUGGUGAGGAUGGCAGGAGCCAAGCCUGUUUUUAUACCCUUGAGAUAUGUGAGUGUGUUUGGAAUAUUAUUAUAAUCAGAGUUUAUUUAGAUAGGGGAGUGAAGAGAAGUGUUGCACCUUGUAGUUUUUCAUAAUGAAGGUUAUUUCUUUCCUAUGUUACUCUGCUUUGUGUGCUCAGUGAGAAACAGAAUGGAUCCAGUAAACAGAUUAAUAACAACAAGAAAGCAAUGCCUCCCAAAAGUCUAGAAGUAAAUGAUAGAAGCCCAAAUAGAUGGGUGUCAAUAAUUUAACUUUAGAUUGCUCGGUGGCCUUGCUUUAAAUGUGAAAGCCGCAUUAACUUUCAAAAACUGAGGGGUGUGAGCAGCCCAGCUAAUUAAUUUAUUCAGCUUCAAGCAUCCUUAAGUGCUUUUGUCUGUAACAGUAUUUAAAGUGGUACUUAAGACCACAGUGGUAGAUGGUAAUUCUGGUCCCCCCUGGUUUUUUUAUAGUACUAGUUUUGGAUUCUUAGAAAUGCAUUGCUGCUAUAUGGAACACUUAAUCUUUUAAUCAAUUUUGAUGGCUAGAUCUAGUGGGUCAGAGGAAUCGUCACUGGAAAGUCCCAAAUGAUAUGAAUAACUUUUUUUUGUUAGUGAUCAGAAUUUGAGAUUUCUUUGCAGUUUACUCGUGUAUUUUGUAUAGUUGACUGAUUCUUAGGAUAAGAUCACUAGUGGAAUGUUUAAAGAAAGUUUAUUUCAGCCUAAUAAAACAUUUUUUCCCCUAUAACUCAGAGACCUGCAGCCGGAGAGACUGCAUCUAGUGCGGACUGGGUCUUGGAUCCUGCUGAACUUGCAAGUAAAUUUAAUUGCAAGACGAAAGCUAUUAUAUUGAAUAACCCUCACAAUCCUAUAGGAAAGGUGAGAUUCCUGUUUUUAAAUCUUCCUGCUAAAUGUUAUAAAAUGUUGGCUCUGACGAUCUUGAUUAAUACAUUGUUUUCUUUCCCUUUCUAUUUUAGGUCUAUACGAAAGAAGAGCUCCAGAUAAUUGCUGAUCUCUGUAUUAAAUACGACACCCUGUGCAUCAGCGAUGAAGUAUAUGAAUGGCUGGUAUACACUGGCAAUAAACACAUUAAGAUAGGUACUGAAUUGUGUUAGUUUGUAGACUGGAAAUGGGCAAUAAAGUAUUGUUGCCGGAUUAAAAUUAGGUAUUUUAUAAAAGCUCAUUAAUAGUAUUUUGUAGACUAGCUAUAAUUCUGAAGUAUAGGACUAUAUUACCUUAUUAAAAUGAAUUACUUUUGUAUUUCUCAAUUUGCUGCUCCCAUGUUUGACAUGUAAUUUCCUACUGAUCUUAAUAUUUGUACAGUCUUGAAUGUUCAUUUAAAAUCACUUGUAUGUAAAUAGUCCUAUGUAUGAGCACUUUGGAUGCCUUAAUGCAUCUCUGUCCUCCAAUGGACCUUGGCAGGAACGGGGGGAAAUCUAUUAUUUCAGUUGCAUACUCAACUUAUCAUAUGGGAGAAGUGCAUUCCUGAUGGACACAGGCAUUUUUAUCACCCAGCAGAUAAUACGUACAAAACGUUCUGCUAAAUGAUUCAAAAUAUAGCAUUUGGCCAUCAGUGCCUUUUCAUUUGCUCACUUUUAAGCAGAUCCCCAAAACUGUUUUCCAAUCUAUUGUUGAAACCUACAAACCAUUAAACCUACAGGCAAGCGACAGUUAUUUUAUAAACUAAGCAGAACUCUUUUCUCCCAAGAAACCUUAUUUUCUCUAGCUUGUAUAACAUGCACAUAAAGAUUGUGCAAAGAGGAGAACACAAAUCCUCCCCCCAGAGGCAGAGAUGUUCUUGUAUUAAGCUUCACGUAUUCCAUCAGCUGAAAUGACACAUCGCUCGUGAAAAAUGUGAAAUGAAUAUUGCAUCAAUUUACAGCAUCUGGUAGUGGCUCUCUAAUAUUUAUCUAAUAGAGGUUGCCAGUGAUAUAUCAUAAAAGCAGCAUAGUAUUUGUGCUGUCAUCUAGGCAGUUUCCUCUGGUAUAGAACACUUCGUCAUUUCUCUUAUCUAGCUUGUGCAAAACAGGAGCUUCAUGUGACUAAUGAUUAGAGUUCCACUGGCAGAUUUAAAGAUUGCAUAUUGUAAGCAAGGAUUCUUCUGGCAUCUCAACAGGCAUAGUGCUUAUUUGGGUAAUAUGUAUGUAUGUAGCCUUACUAAUAGUUCUUGGUGCUUGCUCAGAUACAAAAAUACAUUCUAUUCUUCUGUAGCUUAAUACAAUGAAGGUGCUUGUCCUUUUUUCACAAAAUAUUUACUCUAAAAGUCACCUGAUGGAUUGUGUGACUCCCCAGCCAUCUUCUGAAAAUGAGUUGGCUAGCUGUUUGCUCCACAAAUUGAUAAUCUCUCAUUUUGUUUUAGAUUUGCUAAAUGUAAUUGCAGCCCAUGGUGAUGGCUGGAAUUCAUCACAGAACUACGCAUUACAGAAUGUGUUCCCUUCUCCUUGUCUGCAGCACAUAGCAUCACUGCAGCACAUAGCAUUACUUGUUGUUUUCCUUCAUUGGUACCCAAUGAUGUCAAGUGAUGGCUGGACAACCUGAUGCUGCCACAAGUUAAUGCUGCGUCACCUAUAACCUGUACCUCCGCCCUAACAUGAGUUGCAGGAAAAUACUCUUAUGGGGUUUUUUUUAAUUUUUAUUUUGGAUGUGUGUGUAUUUUGUGUGCUACACCGUUAUAUGGGAUUUAGGGACAAUUUUACUCUUUCAGUUCAAUACCAACAACAAAGAGCUCAUCUGAAUGACCUGAUAAAAUGACUGAGCCCUCUCUCUGGUGUGGACAUACCCUCAUGUGCCACAAGAUGCCUGAAUGAGGGUGUGAGUAAAGGAACAAUGUGCUUUCAGUACAUACCCAUUUAGUUUGAACAUAAUGAAGCCAGCUUCAUACUUAUCGAAAAUAAUAUAUGUUCCUUUGUAGGAUGCAUGAUUAAAACAUACCUAUUUAUUGUUAGAGAGGCAAAGCUUGUUAGCGCCGUUCGUAUGUAAUUAACUCUUGAUCCUUUUCUUUCUUUUUCACAGCUACUUUGCCUGGAAUGUGGGAAAGAACAGUAACUGUAGGAAGUGCUGGGAAAACAUACAGUGUAACUGGCUGGAAGGUAAGUGAACAGAAUAAGACAUAAUGCAAAUGAAGAAUCAUAUAUGUUGAAGUACUGCUGGGUUGAUGUACCAUGGAGAUCAUUUGCAAGCGUGCACAAGCUAUACGAAACACGUGCAGAAUCUGUAUUAAAAAUUAACCCCUGACAUUAUAGAAAUUCUAGAUGCCAUGCAGACAGAAUAUUUCACUCAGAACUAAGAAAUCCUACUGUUUACAUUUUGAACAGGCGGUCAGUAUGUACAUUGUAAGCAGCAAGCCUUUCCAGUUUGCACAUUUUUUGAAGACCUUGUGCUUGCUGUGCCAGUUCCAAUGUUAGAUGCAGAAGGUGGUGGUUGCUGGGGGCACAUUUCACAUGAGAAAAUCAGGCCAGGAUCCAACAAACUACAAGGAGACUUCUGCAGGUGCACUAAGCUCUUUCGGGCUUCUUAUCCCCACUGCCUGACUGAAAAGGUAUCAUAAAAUGUUGGGGGCUUCCCCAACCACAGGAAAAUACACAUGUGGGGUUUCAUCCAGAAACAGAACCAUGUAAAGUCCCAUGUGUGUAUGCAAACAUACCUUAGGCAUGGCUAUGUAGCUCUCUUGGAAGCAGUGUUAGGCAAGUGCAUGCUGUAACUUCAAUAUUGUGCAUCUUUUGGUAAUUUUUAUUUUGUGAAAACUAUAAAUACAAUAUGUAUCCACAAACAGGCUCAUGCACAGAUAAAUAAAUGCACCCGUGCUUAAUUUUUGUAACCUUUUUGGAAAACAUAAUUUUCAUUUUUCUUGGCAGGGAUUUAUUUUAAUUGCAGAGCAGCCUUUUAAGUAGGGACACACCUCGCUGCCCUUGGGGAGUAAUUAUCUAAGCCAGGCAAGAAAUCUUUUAUAAACUGGAAGAGAUGGGUUCCCCCCCACUUUAAGUUUGUCAGUAGUCUACUACAUUAAAAUGUGAUUAUUUCCAUGUUUCUCAACUUUUAUAAAUGUUAAGUAAACAGCCAAAUAUUUGUUACAAUUUAUUUCUUUUUGUUGAAGCUUGGCUGGUCUGUUGGUCCCCAACAUCUGAUAAAACAUUUGCAGGUGGUUCAACAAAAUACACUCUAUACAUGCCCAACUCCAUUACAGGUAGGUACCAAGCCAUGCAAAAGGUAUUGUAAAGAGCAGGAUAGUGUAGGAGGUUUGAGCCACUAAACAUAAUUAAAAAUUGACUAAUAAGGAAUCUAUUUGUGGGAAUUGCAGAUGAAAUUAAUACUUGAGCAUGUUGAUCCAAUGUAGAUUAGCAUUUGAAUGUCAGUAAUUUGGACAUUCCGUUAUUAGCAGGAAAACAACAGACUCAAGUGAUGGGAGUUGGGAUGAGUGAUUACCAUUGUAUAUAAUACAUACUGCCAUGCAUCUGAUGUGUAGUGAAAUUCUCAUUACUGCUUCGCAGGAUGAUACAGACAACUGCCUUAUACAGUGGUUACCUGGACCCUGUGGAAAGUUAAUGUUUGGCAAAUGUUUGUCUCUGUGCAUCCUUUGGCUAGAUUGUUUUCAGAUCAAGGUGUAUGUUUCCUAAAUGUUUGGGGUUUUCUAUACUAUGUGGUAAGAAAGGAAGAUCUGUAGACUUCAUUCUUGUUUGUGUUUGUUUAUUGUUGUUAUUAUUUUUAUUAUUAUUAAUUUAUUAAUUAAUUACAUUUGUAUACUGCCCUUCAUCCGAAGUAUAAAAACAAGAAUAAAACCACAAAGCACGUAAUAAUAAUAAGUACAAAAAAACCCCCACAAUACCCCCCAACACAUUUAAAAGGACCUAGACUGUUAUUCAGCCAAAGGCUUGGUUGAAGAGUAAUGUUUUCUCCAGGCACCUAGAAAUGUAUAAUGAAGGCGACAGAUGAAUCUCCCCAGGGAGAGCAUUCUACAAGCAGGGAGCCACUUAGAAAAGGCCCGUUCUUGUGUUGCCAUCCUCUGGACCUCUCGUGGAGGAGGCACAUGAAAAAAGGCCUCAGAAAGACCUCAGAUGAUGAUUGCAGUGUCUUGUUAGUUUAUAUGGGGAGAGACAGUCCUUGUGGUAUUGCAGCCCUGAGCCAUUUAGGAAAAGGAAUGAUAAAUUCUCUAUAAUUUAUAUGUCAUUAUUAAAGCAUUAAACAUUAAAAAAAUCAGAUACACAUUACUGAAUUAAUCACUGAAAAUGAAGGUAUUUGACUUUUUAAAAUCUCAUACUUGAAAGGAAAUAUAUCUAUUUUAGUGAUAGAUGUGUAGCCAGCAAUUUUAGAAGAAUUUCCAUCUGCCUUCUCCUCCCCCCCUUGACUGCUAAACCCAAUUGACAAUCUUAUUUUUACUCUUCACUGACUUUCUAUUUUACUAGAAUGAUCUGUUUUAUUAUGGAAAAACUGAUAAUUAGAUUCUAGAUAUCUGAGCAUUUCUUUGGAUACGGCAUUUCUUAUUAAAAGUGAAUCUUCACAAGGUCUGUUUUGUGCCUGCCGCUUUUUGAUAAUGUGCUUAAAUGUGUGGUCCCCCCCCCUUCCUUUCUUGAUUUGAAUUUCCAGGAAGCUGUGGCACAAGCCUUUUUGAUAGACUUGAAGCGCAUGGAUGACCCAGCGUGCUACUUCUAUUCUUUGCCUAGAGAGCUGGAAGACAAACGAAACCGAAUGGCUCGCAUGCUCCUGGAAGUUGGGCUGAAACCUGUUGUUCCAGAGGGAGGAUACUUUAUGAUAGUUGACGUGUCUACAUUAAGUAAGUGAAGAUUUUAUUCCAUGGCCGGAAUGGGGAUGACGACCCAGUACUGAAGCUGGGAGAAAUAUACUAUGAGCAAAGGGAGGGCUACAGUGUGUAUGUUUUCUCUUCUGAGUAACAAAUAUUUUCACAAACAUGGUAGGUGUCCUACUGCACUUACAGCAGAACUACGCAGCAAUUACAGCUUGUUUUUGUGUUGCCCUUUCUCAAUCUGUAAGAACCCCCCCCACCACAAGCAGUCAGUGAUAUGGAACAGGGUGGAAAAAUACACAGGCUAACGACUUCAUGAUGUGAAUUUUUCAUUACAGAGAAAAUGGUUGUGUGCCCAUUGGCAGCAGACCCUUGUUAUCGUAAUGUCUAGCUCUCCCCUUAGAAUGCAGCUUAAGAGCAAAUUCCUGGUACUCUGGGGAGCAGUCCUGGGGAAAAAGAAGUGAAAUAGCAGAUCUUACACUUUAGCUCUUACCCUGGGCUCCAGAUCCUUUCCAUCUUGUUGUUGUUGUUUAGUCGUGUCCGACUCUUCGUGACCCCACGGACCAGAGCAUGCCAGGCACUCCUGUCUUCCACUGCCUCCUGCAGUUUGGUCAAACUCAUGCUGGUUAUGCCUGUUGUCUUUGUCCGUGGAGUUUUCUUGGCAGGGAUACUGGAGUGGCUUGCCAGUUCCUGCUCCAGGUGGAUCACGUUUGGUCAAAACUCUCCACUAUGACCUGUCCAUCUUGGGUGGCCCUGCACGGCAUAGCUCAUAGCUUCUCUGAGUUAUUCAAGCCCCUUUGCCACGGCAAGGCAGUGAUCCAUGAAGGGGCCUUUCCAUCUACUGUUCUGUAAAAAAAUCUCUGCUGUAGUGCCCAUACUGGGUAAUGCCUUUCUUUUGAAAAACUGCAGCUCUUAAGGUGUUUUUUACCUCUUCUUUUUGUUUUAAAGAUGUAGAUCUGUCUGACAUGGAAAAAGAUAAACCUUACGAUUAUAAAUUUGUUAAAUGGAUGAUAAAAUCUAAGGUAAGGAUUGGUUUUAUUUCUCCCUCCUACUCUUUGCUCAACUGUGUCUUUAAUUCUAACAUCUAAGUGAGACUGUAAAACAGGUGGCCCUGAUGUAGGGGAUUGUGUGCUCAUUGGAAGGCUGCAUACCCAUUGCUAGGCUUGCAGAUCUCUUCCCUGCUUCAGCAGAGAUAUAAACCCUUUACUGACAUCUGCUCUGUGGGAUUUGCCUCUGCUAGGCUAGUCUGUGGCCUAGACACAACCACUACUUAAAGAUCAGCUCCUUUGCUAGGAAGAUGAGGGCAAACUGCUAGCCCAGGGUGCUUCCAGAAUGCAACAUUGCAGAAUUCCUACAUGGAAAGCACUUGAAGCAAUGAAGGAAAUGUUGCGGCAAUCUGUUUGUAGCUUAAUUCUGCUUCCCAGACCGUGCACAUAAAAAUUCCCACGUGUGAAAUGUUCAUCCAUGAUAGUACAGUGCUGUAUUUUGCACAUGCGAAUUUUGUUAAUGUGUGAUGUGACCUUAAUUAAGCUCUUGGGCCGCAACCUUUAAACUCUCACAAAGAUACAGUUACUAGAGCUUCCAAGAGCUAAGGUUUAAGCUGUUUUAACGUACCUGCUGAGCAUGCAAUUGUGCUUUGUGCUUUUUUAAGAAACUGUCAGCUAUUCCUCUCACCUCCUUUUGCGGCCCUGAGACCAAAGAACAGUUUGAAAAGUACAUACGGUUUUGCUUCAUCAAAGUAAGUUCUAUAGCAUGUGCUUAAAUCAAGCUUAAAUGUUUUAAGUCUUAGCAGGGCUGUUUGUUUCUAUUAGUACCAAAACUUAUAUCUUCUCCUUUCACUUUUAAGCAGUUUAAAUAACUUUUUGAUAUUGCUCCUAAUAAUAAUUUUUUAGGGUAUGAUCAUAUUUUACAUCAAGGUGGGCAACCUCUUCUCCAUCAAGGAGUAAUCUGGAAACAAAUCUGGAUAUCAUUAAAAUUAAUUUCAUUUACUCCCGUCAUCCUCUUCCCUCCCCAUUUUCUUCCUCCUUCCACCCACAUGAAAUUAGGUCAAGAGACACAAGUUGCCCACUCCUGAUCUACAUAGUGCUUUUUCUAAAUAGUCACAGCCCAGGAUUCCUAAUAGUCCUGAAACCUAGGCCAGUGUGGGUAGCAGUUUGUGAAUGAGCUGAGUUUUUAACUAGGAAGCCUCUACUUCAUGCUGUGAGCCAUGAUAUGCUGGCUUCCCUUUAUUUUUUCAGGGAUGUGAUGAUAAUUAAACUUUCCUUCUGCUCCACAGAUUGACAACUAGAUUGGCUGGGUGCCAACUGCUGUAUUGUCAUAGGAGUGGGGGACUAGGUGUCUCUGAGUGCAUCUCAACCUCACCAAACCAUAGCUAGAGUUUAUUGCUGGGGAAAUGGGGCACAUUGUAGAUGUUAAUAAUAAUAAUAAUAAUAAAUUUUAUUUAUAUCCCGCCCUCCCCAGCCGAAGCCGGGCUCAGGGCGGCUAACAACAAUAAAACAGUACAACACAACACAACACUCUAAAAUCAUUCAUUAUAAAAUUAAUUCAAUUAAAUUUAAUUAGCCACUGGGUAGACAUACCCAGGUAUUUGCUCCAAACUCAUGUGAGCAUGCAUGCCACAUAAAGUACCUAAUGAAGUUGUUAGAAGUGUGCUUCUGUGGAUUUGCAAUCUUCUAGCAGUAAAAUGUCUUACGCACGUGAAGAAUAUUUCAGUUCUGAUUUUUAACUUUUGUGUUCAUUGUUGACAGAAAGACAGCACCUUAGAUGCAGCAGAAGUGAUCCUGAAGAACUGGAAGAAAGAUUGA